AGUCGUCUUUGUUUAUAAGCUGGAGGCCUGAAGUUAUAACAUCCAUAACAGGAGAUAGCUAAAUAUUAUCGCGCUGUGAUUGGUCAUACUCGUUACCAUGGCAACUGCAGUCAAGGCGAGACAAGACCCAUGGAAAAAGGACGCCGGUCCAGCCCAGUGCAUGUUCCUAACCGAGCGGUCUAAGAUAUCAAACUUUACCAACUCAACUCAUCUGUACCUGACUGAAACCAUCCCUGUGCCUUACAAGUCCUGGACCCUCGUUCCACAAGAGAUAGGCCUCUUCCGUAAACUCACAAGCCUAACGUUGUCCAACAACGCGCUGUCAAAGAAGGCCAUUGCCAACAUCAGCCUUUGCGAGUCACUCAAAACUCUCAUCCUGACGAGUUGCAAGAUCACCCAUCUUCCCGCACAGAUCAGCAGACUGGUUAAUCUGGAGACCCUGGACGUCAGUUAUAAUGAGUUAACGCGUAUACAGAGCUUCGUCUGCACUCUUCCGGCUCUGAAAGCUUUAAGGGCGAGACAUAACCGGAUAUUUGACGUCAAGAAUAUCAGGUCUUUGGUAAAGUCACGAAUCGUCACGCUAGAUCUGAAAGGAAACCUGCUUCAGUCGUUCAAUAGUAGAUUCUCUAGGUCAAAGACGUUGCGACACUUGGAUCUAUCGGACAACAUCAUCACACACGUGGUCUUCUUCAAGGAUGAUUUGCCGCUUCUGGAGAGACUGGACUGUGGAGGAAACAAAAUCACAGCUUUCAACGUCAUGGAGCAACGGAAACUGACGACGCGAAGCAACCUGCGGUGGCUUUCCCUGGCCAAAAACUGCCUCAAGGCCUUCCCGAACGCAGUUUUUAGGUUGGCCUCGCUCGAAACCCUAGACGUGUCACAGAACACCUUUGUUUCCAUCCCCAGAGAAGUGGAGGCGAUGAAACAUCUCAAGUCGCUCAUCGCGUCAGGUAACCACUUGAGAAGUUUGCCCCGUGAGCUGUUUUGCCUGCCGCACUUGAAGCUCGUCAACGUCGCUGGCAACAGACUCCAUCAUUGGCGCCAUGAGUCAUGGAAUCCCGACGACUCCAUCUUGUCUCAGGAGAUGCACACCUUGACCUUGAGCGGAAACAAACUUGAAAACGUCCCGUCCGUAGUCUACGGACUUCCCUCUCUGGAACACCUGGACAUGAGCAGAAACAGACUCAGAAAGUUCCCCGUGAUCUUCAAAAAUAAAAAGAAACCAGCGAUUGUUUCUCUCGACUUGUCGCACAACAAGCUGAACCAUUUCCCGUUCGAGGAGCUCGACAAUCUCCGGAGACUUCGUCGCCUGAAUCUUCACCACAACGAACUGACGGAGAUUCCCGAGGACGUCACGAAGUUGUGGUGCGAGAGCGAGGUGACGUUGGCGAACAAUCCGAUCAAGUGGCCGCCGUUAGACAUCUGCGUGCAGGGGCUCCCCGCUAUUGAAGAGUUUUACAAACUGGUGGGAUCUAAAAAGUCAACUUGAAACACAAGCCCUGUGUCGGAUUGUACGUGUUUCCGGAUAAAGCAAACUUAAGCAUAUCGGAAUGACAGAGAGCAACACACGACAUUUUUUGCUGUGAGUUUUGCAUAUCAUGUGAUAACUGACUAUAUUCUGCUCUUUUCUUUACA